AUGGUAGCUAAGAACAACCAAAUUCCAAAUGAUCACCUUCGUAAAUACUGGUAUCACCGCGUAAAGACAUACUUCGAUGAUCCAGCUCGCGCUCAACGCCGCCGUAAUGCUCGUAACCUUAAGGCCAAGAAUAUUGCCCCACGUCCAGCUGAGGGACCACUCCGCCCAGUUGUUCGUUGCCCAACAGUUCGUUACAACAUGAAGGUUCGCCUUGGUCGUGGUUUCACACCAAAGGAACUUGUUGCUGCCGGAUUUGAUCCAGCUCUUGCCAGAUUCCAAGGCAUUGCCGUCGAUACUCGCCGUGCUCACUCUAAGGAUGCCAUGGUCAAGCAGAACGUUGAGCGCCUUGUCGCUUACAAGUCCCGCCUUAUCAAGGUCAAGAAGGGCGAGACAGCUGAACAAGUUAACGAUGCUGCUCUCUUCGCUCUUCCAAAGGCACAGAACGAAAUCAAGUUCCGUGUUAUCAAGGCUGAAGAGGCCAAGAAGGAUCUCUUCAAGGAGAAGACAGAUAAGCUCAAGGCUUUCCGCGAGGCUAAGAAGGAAAAGGCCGCUGCUAAGCACAAGAAAUAA